GAAGCAUUUAAGACGUUGCUGCUCAUCUACAGCUAGACAUUAAGUGAUCAGGGGAAGAGAAACUGUGGCAUACAAUGACAAACAUUCUGUCUCUUUGGGAACAGUUAUUUCAAGGUAGGAAACUGUAACCAAGCUAUAUAAAAUAACAUUUUAGAGGAAAUGAAAUGGUUAUAAGAUUAAGAUAUGUAGUUUUUUGUUUUUUUUUACACAUCAAACCAUGAAUUGACAAAGAGUUUAAUUUUAUUUAUUCUAAAUGGUAUUCUUGUCAAUGAGAUGUUUGACUUCAUUAUUGCUGGGUAUUAUCAACUGUUAAUUUAAUUAUAAAGAUCUAUAGAUAGAUAGACAGACAGACUAAUAUAUAAAAUUAUCUCAGCCUAAAAUUACUCUUUUAACUUCUAAUUUCACUUUAAGUAGUAUAUUUUUAUUCAGUGGUGUUGAUGAAUCUGUCACAUGUACUGUUUUAUACAUUGAAGGCAAUGGCCUCUCGUUUAUUAGAGAGGUUAUGAUAUUGUUUUAACCUUUUAAGGACCCGAGGUGCGAGAAUCUCUUUUAUAGCUUGAAAUGCCUGGCAUUAGUUAUUGAUGGGUUAUCCAGCUUUGUCGAAUGUUAAAAAACUAUGAAAUCGGCAUUGCCAUUAUUCUUUGCUGUUCUGGCAUUACUUUUAAAAACAAUAUGGAAAAGAGAGGUUACUAAUCUAUAAAACUUAUUUUCUACUUCUCAAUUUUACAUGCCUUUCAUCAAUCUCAGUUCACCCUCUUACUUUAUCUCAGAACCUUUCUUUUUUUGUUUGACUGAAUCAUACAUGGAACUUUCCUCAGAUUUGCCCAGAGACUGUAGCCGUGAUUGGUUUUUGACCAAUCAGGUAUCUCUUUCUCCUCAGGGCAUGGGAAAUGGAUUUUAACUUCACUCACUCCUUGUCUCGCUUCAUUCACUUUUAAAUAGGAACCAAACCUCCAGUUAGAAUAAAUGCAAAGCUCACCAAAAUACACAACAUUAUUUAAUCACCCAGGUUUUAUCUUAGCCUGUUAAACCCUUGAUCUUACAUGUUUUACUACAGAAUAUCAAAACAUCUGCUAUUAACUAUCCUACUUUAAAGAGUUAUUUGAAAUAAUUAUUGAUGGGGCCUCGGUAAAACCUCCAAAUUGAUAAUUUGAUGAUAACUACACCUAUUCUCACACUUCUGGUGCUAGUCCCCAAGUAAACUAUAAUCUUCCUCUGACACAUACCUUUUAUUAAUACGUAUUGGGAAUGUCUAGCUUUUAGCUCUAGUGCCAGUUUAGGUAAGUAUUGGGAGUGCACCGUCCCCAACUCAAAUUAAUAUAAUUACAGGUCUGUUAGAUAAUGUCAAGUCACUCUGUUCACAAAACCCCAACCCCAAGAUAUGUAAAGGAAUUUGGAAUGACAAGUGCUCGUACAUUGUAUUCGUAACUUUCUUAAGAGACAUUAACUCAUGCCAUAUUCCAUAUAUUGGGUAUUGCUAGCGGGCGUUCAGAGGGUAAAGCCCCCAGACAUGCACCUCUUAAAGGGACACUGAAGGCACUGUAUCUGUUUCAUCUCAUUAAAUUAGUUUUAGUGUCUGCAAUCCCCUGGUACCAUAAUUAUAUUCAGCAUUAAACAGUUUUUAAAGUUUUAUUUAUGUUUAAUGCUAAAUGAGGAAGCAUUCGCUUGAGCAGCAAUGGGUAGCUGUGAUUGGUUGAGAAUGUCAGCUGACUGCUUUUAGCCAGUCAGAUCUCCAUCUGAUGGUAUGAAGGUUAUGACUACAAGCCGCACAUCCAGAAGGGGCCGGACUGUGGUUGGCCAAGGAACCUUAUUUAGUGUUAAACUGCUCUAAAAUAGUUUUCACUUUGAAUGGAGAAACAGUGCCAGGGGACUCCAGGCACUAUAACCAAUUCAAAAAGAUGAAAUGGCUAUAGUGACUACAGUGCCCCUUUAACCCCAGAUCCCUUCACAGUAACUAUUUCAUGCAUACACUAUUCACACUGAAAUACACAUAAAAAUUCAAACACCAGAUACAGAAUGUACACUGUACACACAAGCAUUUAAAAUGAGCAGAUAAAAAAAAAAUUCACAAUCUUAAACUCAGUACGACAAAUGUAGUAGAGAGACAUUCAGACUCUAUUAAGCAUGCUGUUAAAAAGGACUCAUUAAGGUAAGGCUGAGUGGAUUUUUUAGGUUGGGGUGGUUAACAGAGAACUUAGGGAAGAAUUGGAGUAUGAUUGUACAUUGUACCUCCUUUUCAAUCACAGCCUAUUUUGGGCACGUUCAAUGAUUCUGUGGUUGCAUAAGCAUUACAUUAUAUAAUGAUGACAUUUUAAAGCAGCUCUGUCACCUUCUGGGGUCUUUGAAUAUUUAGCAAAGACCACAGAUGGUGACUGCACUAGUUUUACUGCUAAGGCCCGGGUUUGCAGGGGAAGCUAAUUUUUACUUACUUGAACUCACAAGCACUGCCAUCUUUUUAAGCAAGGUCCUCUUUACUCUCAUGCAUGCGGGGUAGGUACGCUACUGUCCGUAAAGAUGCAUUGAUUCAGUUCAUCUCUAUGAGGAGAUGCUGACUAGCUCAGCGUGGUGUUUUGCCUUGCAUGCACAAUCACCUCCCUCCCAAUGCUUUCAUAUUGGAUAGCAUUGGAUUGGCUCAAGACUGAUGAUCUCAACCAUGGAUGUUGAGCUAGGUGGGCCAGCCACUGCAAGACCAGUGCGGCGUGAUAGAAAAGGUGAGUAAAAUAACCUUUUUGCUAAGAUCGGAGGGGGAAUGGUCACCUAAACAGCCACAUCAUCACCACAGAUGGCAAGCAUUCCUGACACUAUACUGUUCCUUUAAAUACAGUCCCCCCUUUCCCGUUUCCCAUGAAAAUAAUAAAAUUAACCUUUAUAUUUACCUCUUAACUGUGCGAAGGUUUUCUCUGCAUUACUUACAUGUCCACCUCCUGCAACGUCUUAUGGGGUCAUCAAGUGAAUGAGUUUUACUUGGUCAAUACAAUAUCGGCACCUCUAGAGGAUGUCAGCAUUGCAGCCACUGGUGGUGGAUUGAAUCCUGCAAUGUAAAUAUUGUAGUUUCUAAAAUAAACUGCAAUGUAUUACAUUGCAGAGUUAAGAGGACAGAAAUACUGCAUUCAGGCCAUUUCCUUGCGUUUUUUGAGGAAAUGGCUUAAAUAAACAAUUGUGAGUGAUUGUAUAGCACCUAUUUACUUUCUGCUUAAGACAACAGGAUAAUUAAGGGCACUUCUCAUUUAACCCCUUAGCGACCCAGGACGGUUCAGGACCGUCAUCGGCAUUUUUGCCUUGAGGACCGAUGACGGUCCUGAACCGUCCUAACGGUUCUAUUUACUUACCUGAUCGCCGUCGUUCCCCCGGAGGCGAUCAGCGUGGCUCCCGGUGUGGGGAGACUGCCUGCUGCCCAGACAGUCUCCCCACACUGAUUUAGGACCCCUGUGGCCAUGUGAUCGCUUAACAGAGCGAUCACAUGGUCACAAUAGGUGUCCAUGUGUCUGCCUGCAGGGGGACUGCCUGUGCUGACAGGCAGUCUCCCUGCAUGUGUAAAAUCAGAAAAAAAAUAAAGUUAAUGUUAAUUAAAAAAUAAAUAAUUAAUUAUAUAUGUGUAUAUAUGAUAUAUAGACAUAUAUUAUAUCUAUAUAAUAUAUGUCUAUAUAUCAUAUAUAUAAUACCAUACUAAGUGUAUUUUUAUAUUAAUAUGUACUUAUAUUAAAAUAAAAAUACACUUAUAAUUAAAUUACACACGUAUAUAUAUAAUAUAUAUAAUAACUAUAUAUAUUGUAUAUAUAUAUUAUUAUAAAAUAUAAAUAAUAAGUAAUUUAAAUUAAAUAAAAUUUUUUUUAAAUAAUAAUAAAAAAUUUAAAAAAAAUUAUAUAGCUAUAUGAAAUUUUAUUCUAACUGUAUUUUAAAAUUAAUAUAUAUAUAUUUAUAUCAAAAUACACUUAGAAUGAAUUUGUAUAUAUAUCUAUGUAUAUAAAAAUAAAUAAAAAUAAUAAGAAAUAUACAUAUGUCCAUAUACAAAAUUACAUAAAUAAUUAUAUAAAUAUACACGCAGACUUCAGAUAUAUAAAUAUGCAUAUAUAUUUAAAUUCUACGUGCGUAUUUAUGUAAUAGUUUUACAUAAUUCAGUAAUUUUAUUGAUUGCAAUUUAAGGGACCUGCCUGCCAACCCAGGCCGAAAUUCCAAAGAAUUGAAUUUGCUAGCACUGUAUUUUACCCUGUAACGUUCUACGACACCCUAAAACCUGUACAUGGGGGGUACUGUUUUACUCGGGAGACUUAGCUGAACACAAAUAUUAGUGAUUCAAAACAGUAAAACAUAUCACAGCGAUGAUAUUGUCAGUGAAAGUGACUUUUUUUGCAUUUUCACACACAAACAGCACUUUUUACUGAUGAUAUAAUUGUUAUGAUACGUUUUCCAGUUUUUAAACACUAAUAUUUGUGUUCAGCGAUGUCUCCUGAGUAAAACAGUACCCCCCAUGUACAGGUUUUAUAGCAUUUUUGAAAGUUACAAGGUCAAAUAUAUGGGUCAAAUAUUUUACAUUGAAAAUGGCCAGGUUGGUUACGUUGCCUUUGAGAGCGUAUGGUAGCCCAGGAAUGAGAAUUACCCCCAUGAUGGCAUACCAUUUGCAAAGAAGACAACCCAAGGUAUUGCAAAUGGGGUAUGUCCAGUCUUUUUUAGUAACCACUUGGUCACAAACACUGGCCAAAAUUAGCGUUCAAUUUAGUUUUUUUACUUUUUUUCACACACAAACAAAUAUGAAUGCUUACUUUGGCCAGUGUUUUCGACUAAGUGGCUACUAAAAAAGACUGGACAUACCCCAUAUUGAAUACCCUGGGUUGUCUACUUUAAAAAAAAUAUGUACAUGUAGGGUGUUAUUCAGAGAUUUAUGACAGAUAAUAGUGUUACAAUGUCACUAUUGAUAAAUUUAAAAAAUUUAUGUUUUGAAACCGCAAUAUUCUACUUGUACCUAUAGCCCUAUAACAUGCAAAAAAGCAUGUAAACACGGGGUAUUUUUAAACUCAGGACAAAAUUUUGAAUCUAUUUAGCAGUUUUUUUAAUUCGCUUUUGUAGAUGAGUAAAAGAUUUUUCAAGUAAAAGUCAAAAAACAUGUAUUUUUUCAAUUUUUCAUCAUAUUUUUUUAUUUUUUUUAAAUUAAAAUACAUGAGAUUAUAUAAAUAAUGGUAUGUAAAGAAAGCCCUUUUGUCCUGAAAAAAACAAUAUAUAAUUUGUAUGGGAACAGUAAAUGAGAGAGCGGAAAAUUCCAGCCAAACACAAACACCACAAAAGUGUAAAAAUAUGCCUGGUCGCAAAUGUACAACAUCGCAAAAACAGUCCAGUCCUUAAGGGGUUAAACAGUAACUGUAUUUUCUCAUUUCCUGGAUAGGUUAUAUUAUUAAUCUGGUUUUUCAGGAAUGAGUAACACUGUCUGCCAAGCAAACAUUAACGUCAUUCUUGUUUUAUGUCCUUGCGUCAUUAGACAUGACCAGACGAGAAUCUGCUUUACAUAACGAUAUGGUGCUUUACCUGAAAUAAAAGUGUCAUAUGUUACUAAAGCAAAGUUUGAACUGCAUUUACUAAAAAGCUUUUAGUUAAUAAUAUCGCUUGUGUACAUAGGUUCAUUUGUAAUAAAAAGUAAACACUUUGCUCUCAUUCAGGAGAAUGCCACUGUCAUCAUUUAAUAUAUUAUAUUUGUUUAUUGAAAUCUAAACACAGCUGUUAGAGGUAAUUGAAGCUGUCUUUGUUGCUUGUCGAUAACACCACAAUUGUCAGACACACCAAAUAUAAACAUUUGCAUUUGUAUCAUGUUCUAGGUAAUGGAAAAAUGUACAGUAGACUACUAGAUUUCAUUGUGUGAUGGCACCAACAAAGUCUCUGCAGAGCUCUCCCUUAGCUGCUUCUUGGGGGGUGGGGGUGGGGGGUGAAUUGGAAGUAACACAAGCAAUGGCACCAACUUCAUUGGUUCCAUCCCUGCCGCCAAAGGAGCACUAGAAAACACAGAAGUUGUAACACUUAAAGGACCACUAUAGGCACCCAGACCACUUCAGCUUAAUGAAGUGGUCUGGGUGCCAGGUCCAUCUGGGGUUAACCCUGCCUGCUGUAAACAUAGCAGUUUCAUAGAAACUGCUAUGUUUAAUUCAGGGUUAAUCCAGCCUCUAGUGGCUGUCUCAUUGACAGCCACUAGAGGCGCUUCCGCGAUUCUCACUGAUUUUCACAGUGAGAAGACGCCAGCGUCCAUAGGAAAGCAUUAAGAAUGCUUUCCUAUGGACUGGCUGAAUGCGCGUGCUGCUCUUGCCGUGCAUGCGCAUUCAGCUGAUGAUGCCUGAAGGAGGAGGAGAUACCCCGGCGCCGAGGGAGCCCAGCGCUGGAGAAAGGUGAGUUUUUAACCCCCUUCCUCUCCCCUUCAACCCGGCGGGAGGGGGACCCUGAGGGUCGGGGCACCCUCAGGGCACUAUUGUGCCAGGAAAAUGAGUUUGUUUUCCUGGCACUAUAGUGGUCCUUUAAACUAACUGCAGUAGAAGGAACUGUAGUGCCAGUGGAAGUGGCAGCAACAUUUAUUGCAGCAUGAAAAGCCUCCUGGCUGGUGAAUUGGACUAACAGGCAUGAUUCUAAUUCCACUAUUAUGAUACCGAAUACUACUUAUAGUGGUAAAGGUAGCAGUGAUGUUGGAAGCAGCAGUAGAGGAAGUGUCAGCUGUCCUCAUGACUGUGUAAGAUGUGUUCAGAUUCUUAUAGGCCAUGGCACUACUGCUAAAACUGGAUUGGGAAACAUGACCCUUCCUCAAUUUAUACUUGGGGUUAAUACGUAUCAUUGAUGAUCGUAGGUUUCUUUUUCUUAUUACAAUAAAUGGGGUUAUUGGGCUAUUAAUAAAUGUGUAUUGGAUAAUGGGUAAACUAACACAACUUUAUUAAUCAAAUUUAGGUGUUUGUGUUGCAAACAUAAGUUUGUCUUUGGUGAAUGAAUAGCUGUAGAGUUACUGUGUUUUCUGUUAAGGAACACUGCACAAUGCUUCAAGGCUGACACCCUGGAUAAUAAUAGGAUUUCUUUUCCUGCACUAAGAUCAAUGACAAAAUGCCUGCCAAUCUUCUAUCUCCCACUCAGUUAUUUCAAGUGGCAGCAACUUCUAGCUAAAUACAGCAGAAAGUGAAACAGUCUACAGUAGACUCAAACUUUUCUUUCUCUUGUUACUGAACAUCUCAGUCCCUAACUAAAGGAUUUUAUUUCUUCUAAAAUGUUAACAAAAUUAACUUAAAUAACUUUUAACAAAUUAUUAUUGGUAGCCUAGGCUCACACUAGUUCUGAACUUGAUAGACUUGAGUCUUUUUUCAACUUAGAUUACUAUGUAACUAUGUAACUAGGAUCAAUGACAUAAUGCCUGCCAAUAUUUCCCAUAUUUCAAAGUUGUUUAAAGUACUCCUGGCAGCAGCUUCUAUCCAAAUAGAACAUAAAGCUAAACCUAGUCUUAACAGAAUCAAUGACCCAGGAAGGGACGUAUUAGCCACGAGGCAAACAAGGCAUUUGCCUUGGGUGGCAUUUUCCAGGGGGCGGCAAAAAAAGCUGCCCCCAAAUGCCCAGGGCAAGUGUCUCGUCUAAGUAAAAAUCUGUUCGUCAUAUUCCGGUUCCCAGCAUCACUCUGCGGCACGCGAGGGAGCUGAGCAGAGAGCUCAGGGGAAAGUGCUCCCUCGCCAGCGCCGCCCACCCGCCCAGCAGCCACUGGACCCCCAGGGAAAGGGAGAAUCCCCCCCCCCCAGCAUUCACAAAGGUAAGGAGGCUGGGUGGGUUGAAUAAAAAAAAAAAAAAAAGUGAUUGUGUUAAUGUGAGUGUGUGUUAGUGUGUGUGUGUCUGUUAGUGUGUGUCUGUGUGUGUUAGUGAGUGAGUGUGUCUGUCUGUUAGUGUGUGUCUGUUAGUGUGUGUGUGUCAGGGAGUGUGUUACUAUGUGUGUGUCUGCUAGUGACUGUAUGUGUCUGUUAGUGAGUGUGUAUAUCUGUUAGCUAGUGUAUGCGUGUCUGUCAGUGAAUGUGUGUGUAUUUAGAAGGCGGGGUAGGGGGGUGGGGUGAAGGGUGCCUGAGUUCAGCACAAAACCAGGAUGCACCACUGGACCCAGGCUGCCUCCCUUUCCAACACUAGCACAGCAAGGGUAAAUACACAGGAUCAUUGCUGGUCUAUUUCCUUCAGAAGUUGAGGUCAAAGCAGAGCAGAUGCAAGUAUUUCUGCUGCUUUUGUCAAAAAUCCAUUUGCUGCCUUGUCAUGAGAUACAGUUCAGUUCUCUCAGAUGUUCACUACAUUUUUCAAAUCAGCUAUUUUAGCCUAAAUUUAGCAAUUUUCUCUUUCUUACAGUUUGGUGUUUGAUGAAUAAACCCAUAGUCUCUGUGUCUGAUUAUUCCUUUUUAACUGUUCCUUUUCCAUUCCUCCUGCUAAGCAAAACUGUCUACACUUUUUCUCUCAAAUUUCCCUUGGUUUUUCCUCCACUUGCAAUCGCUGCCUACUCGUCUCUACUUAAUCUUUCCAGUCUGUCACUUUUUUGUCAGUGUCUUUUGCCCUUUUCACAGUAUUUUUUGUUUUGUUUUUCUUCAUAGUAUUUCCCCCCAAAUAGGUCUGUUAAUUAAAAGAAAACUAUAGUGCCAGGAAAACAAACUUGUUGUCUUGGCACUAUAGCUUCUCCCUUUGUAAAGGUCCACCCCAGUGGUGCACUUCCCUUGGCACUGGCUAGCGGGCGAGAUCUAAUGCACAUGUGUGGUAAUGGCUGCGCUCACAUUAGGAUUUCCCCAUAGGAAAGCAUUAUUCAGUGCUUUCCUAUGGGGAUUCUGUUGAUGCAGGAAUUCUUCAUGCAUAGCGUGAGGACAUCCAGUGUCGUUUAGGCGACCAAAAGUCACCUUCAAGCCCGGAAGUCCCUCUAGUGGCUGUCUAGUAAACAGCCACUAGAGGACUAGUUAAACCUUGCAGGUAAUUAUUGCAGUUUAUAAAAACUUCAAUAAUUACCACUCUAGGGUUAAGGUUGAUGGGAGUUUGCACCCAGCUGAAGUGGUCUGGGUGCCUACAGUGUCCCUUUAAACAGUGAGGCAAAAAUAGAAAAGUUGGAAAAAAUAUCCAUCUCCCGCAAGUUGAAGAAGUUUUUAACUUUGCUAUUUUGACCUAUGUUUUAAAAGAAACGUGUCAAAUUACUGCUUUGUUAAUAGACCCCAAGUUUCAGCGUGUCUUCUUUUUUUUUUCUUUUUCUUUUUUCUUCACAAGACAAGCACAUAGCAAGAAAGACACUAGCGUAAGAGGCGAAUAAAACAAAAAGAUGAGACCAUUUGAGAAAGGAAGGGCAGGUCUAUAUAAAAACACUGCCUAAUAUAUAUUUAUAUAUUUCUCAAGGGAAGAUCUAUACACACACACACACACACACACACACACACACACACACUGCUUCAUACAUACACCUAUACAUACGUACAUACACAUCCACACACAUAGGGGUCUGCAGCAUGUGGAUGAUGUGCCCUUGCACUGUUCUUCUACUUUGAAGGCUGAUUAUCCAGUUAAAGUCUUGAGCGUGCCUGAAUGGUGAUUAGCAGUGUAAGUGCUGCUGCUGUAUGCGCCCAACACCUCAAAUUUUAAUCACAGCAGGCUGGAAUAUUCUCACAUGGAGCUGGAAUUAUGGUCGCCGAGGGCAUCCCCUAUUAAAGAGCGCCAAAGGCCACCAUUUAAAUGGCCUAACAGAAUCACUAGCCCUGAAUCAAAUUGUCUAGAAGAAUCCUUGGAAGUAUAGUUGUUUUAUAGCUACUCAUUAUUUCCCUCUCUUGAUUACUUCACUUCAUCUGUCAUAAAGUCAACAAUUAGUGGCUGUCCUCUAACCAACAAUCUUUUUUUUUUUUGCUACCUCUUGAUUGGACAGUAGAUUCAGACCAUGUGAUUGGGCCGACUUCUUGUCCAUCAUGGCAAGCAAAGCUACUUAUUUGCCCCCACCCAAAAAAAAGAAAACGCCUCUUCUCUAUUCCUUCCCCCUUUUUUCUGGUGCCAGGAACAACACUCAGAAAGAAGAACUGGAUUCAAAGAUUUUGUCACAUGGUGGCCUGGAAAUCGGAACUUUGGCCGAUCAUCCACUCGUACUGAAUUUGGCGGAAUUGAGGUCCGGCCAGAACUGAAUCUUCCAGUAUACUAUUUGCUGUGUUUAGGACAUACUAAAAAGGUUAUAUGGUUAAAAAUUGCUUCCCAUACACUUACAGUGUUAUUUACUAAAGUGAACAUUUAAAGUGAAUUCAACAUGAAUUUCAAAUUUAAGGUCAAAUUAGCCGAAUGGCAAAAUUCUUUAUGUCAGCUAUGCUUUCAGUUCAGCUACUGUGGCCUUAAAUUAAAAAUUCACUUUGAAUUCACUUUGAGCCCAGUAAGUCAUAAGCUUUCCUUGUUCACCAUUCAUAACAUCGAUUUAUAUAAUAUUAUAAACAUUAUAAUUAUAUUAAUAUAAUUUUUCUCAGUUUCAAUGUAUGACUGCGACUUUAGUUUACACAAUGAAAGAAAUUAAAGUUAAUUGUUAUAAAGACAAGUACAAUGUUAACAUGACCAUAAUGUUUUAACUUUAUUUACAGUUAAAUAUGUCCUAUGCACAAGACCCAACUAUGGCAAAUGGUGACGAAGAAGACAAUGCAUCAAGUCCCCUUGUGUUCCGACUUAAUGACAGUGCUCCCAGGGUAGUUCGGGAGGUGUUGCUUGAACGUGGUUGGGAAGAAUUUAAUGAGCAAGAACAUGCAUUAACUGAAUGGAACUUACACUGGCGGACAUCUGCAUUUAGAGCAUCUGACCAUGACCAUGUUAAGCCAUGGCAGCGACUCAACCAUCAUCCAAGAACAGCACAGAUGAUGAAGAAGGAUUGUUUGGCAAGACACCUGAAACGCAUGAAAGGCAUAUAUGGACCAGCCAACUAUGAGUUUAGCCCCGAAGCUUUCAUCUUGCCAAAUGAAUACACUAAGUUUUUGGCUGAAUAUAUGAAGGAAAAACAUAAUAAAAAGUCAAGCUAUUGGAUCUGUAAGCCCACUGACCUGUCCAGAGGAAGAGGAAUAUUUGUUUUCCAGGAUAUUAAAGAUUUGGCAUAUGACUGUGCAGUAAUUGUACAGAAAUAUAUAACAAAUCCUUUACUGAUCUCUGGGUACAAAUUUGACCUGCGUAUUUAUGUUUGCGUUACCUGUUUCUGCCCAUUGACUAUAUAUGUGUACCAGGAAGGACUGGUCAGGUUUGCGACAGAGAAAUUUAGCCUCAGUUGCCUUGAUAAUAUUUUUGCUCAUUUAACAAACACCAGCAUUAACAAAUAUAGCACCUCAUAUACUACAGAAAAGGAAAGAGUUGGAAGUGGAUGUAAGUGGACAUUUGCUCAAUUCAGGUCUUACCUUCGUGGUAUAGAUGUGGAUGAUACCAUGCUGUGGCAGAAAAUUUAUAAUAUAGUGACAAUGACACUUUUGGCCAUUGCUUCCUCUGUUCCUUCUUCCUCUAACUGCUUUGAACUUAUGGGGUUUGACAUCCUCAUUGAUGAAACUCUUAAGCCAUGGCUUUUAGAAGUGAAUUAUAGCCCUGCCCUGUCUUUAGAAUGUUCUAAUGAUGUCACUGUGAAAAAAAGUCUUAUAAAUGAUAUCAUUGAGCUCCUCAACUUCAAACCGUCAGAUGGACUAAGAGAUGCUUCCAGUAUCAAAAAAAGCAGUAUGACACCACACGUGUUACACAGUUGUUCACACACAUCAUGUGAGAGUGCUAACUCACAAAGAACUGAAGAAAUCAAACCGAGUAGCUAUGCCAAAGAUUAUUCUACAGAAAAUAAGGCACCAAACUAUGUCCAAUCGGUCAAUUCUAAAACUACACAUCCUGACACUUCUCCUAGAACAAUUGGUGACAGUGAGACAAAGAGAUCAGAUAAUAAAGUGAAUGAAAUAUGCUGUAAAUGUGAUGCUGAAGAAACAUCCUUUCAAGACUUCCCAGAUGACACAAUGAACAAGAGAAUAACAUCAAAUGGAAUAACAGGAUCUUCUCCUCGAAAAACCCUUACGUCCAGGCUAAGAGAGCGUAUGAAUGUAUCCCAGAAGUUAGCAGACUCAAAAGUUAUUUCCAAAACUCAUCCAGUACGGUACACAAGGAUUAAAACAACUGUAGAAAGUGCAUGGCACUACAACCAGUGGAAACCCAAUGAGUAUAACCUGUUUCCUUUAUAUUUUAUUUCUGACUUGGAAAAAAGUCCCCCAUCUCAUGUCGGUAACUUUCUCCUUGUGUUCCCUUUUAGCCAAUCAUCUCUUUUAGCUUCUAGAAAUGGUAUGGACAUCAAAAGCAUCAUUCAAGAACUUAGCAGGAUAAUGCAUAGACUUUCUUCCAGUAUAAAAAGUGUCUGAUAUUGAAAUUUCAAGAAAAUAAUUAAAGGAACACUAGUCACUAAAACAACUUUAGCUUAUUGAAGCAGUUUUGGUGUAUAGUUCAUUUCCCUGCAGUGUCACUGCUCAAUUCUCUGGCAUUUAGGAGUUAAAUCACUUUGUUUAUGCACCCUAGUCACACCUCCCUGCAUGUGACUUGCAUAGGCUUCCUAAACACUUCCUGUAAAGAGUCAGCUAAUGUUUAUACUUCCUUCAUUGGAAAUUCUAUUUAAUUUAAAAUGUAUUAUCCCCUGCACUGUUGAUAGCUUGCUAGACCCCACAGAAACUUCCUGUGUAUGAUUAAAGUUCACUUUACAGAGCAGCCAAUAAGAACUUUUAAAUUGCAUCUAAUUGAAAUUAAAACAUUUUUUCUUUCAAGCAUGGAGUGUGAGUCACAGCCAGGGGAGGUGUGGCUAGGGCUGCAUGGACAGAAACAAAAAGGAUUUAACUCCUAAAUUCCAGAGUUUAGCAGUGAGACUACAGGAUUAUGAUCUAUACACUAAAACUGCUUCAUUAAGCUAAAGUUGUUUUUGUGGCUAUAGUGUCACUUAAAUAUUAGCUUUUUGUUUCUGAACUAUUGAUGCAAAAUAUGUAUGUAUUAAUGCUGACUUGCAAUAAAGGCAUACUAAUCUAUCUAAUGUAUUGCACAGCCCAUCAAGUCUAAUUAACCUUAGGAAUGUCCAGAGUCAAAUACAUCAAUAAAUUAAUAAUUAUGACAUCCCUCCUGCAAAUAACUGUUACCAAUGCCAUUGAAGCAAAACCUAUAUUAAUUCGGGUCAGUAAGCAAAAAAAAAUCAUAAUCAGAAUCGUAAAACAUUUAUAGAUUAAUUAUAAAACAUCGAUGUGCCCUAUUUCUUCCAUAGAAGGGUGCAACAAAAUUACAUUUAAAUAUAAGAAAAAACAAAACAUUGCCAUUGCAAAGUUAAUUGUGUAUAGUUUGGUAUGUAUUGCUUCACCACAAAAUAGAACCCUCCAAAAAAAUGAUUGUCGGGGGGCGGAGCCUGGACACCAAUCCGUGCAGAUGUGUCUGGCGCGAGCUCCUGCCAAGUGUGAUGAAAAUGGGGCAAAAGCGGGGGAAAUAUGACCCAAGGUCCUUCCAGGGGGCACCACCCACGUGAGGGGUACCCCACCGACUCGAAUGACACCACCGCGAGGCCCGUCGGGGCCAGGAGCGCAAAGCUUGAAGUGCGGCCUACUGGGACUGGAGUCGGGGGGAGGUGGCCGCUCUCCUUGACGCCAAGGUCCUCAAGCGACUUGCCUACAGCCUACCCCUCCCCCCCUUUGGACCGGUGAGUGAUAUCCUGGGCCCCACUGGACGAACCGACCGGAACGGAGAGUUGCCAAGCUAGCCACACAGCAAACAGGGGCAACGGGCCUCCAAAGCACAGCCAAAAUGGCCGCCCAGCACAGACCCCAAGAACGUAACGCCCAAAGCAAGCCAUCCACGCCACCUCAGGGGACUUUUGACCGGCUCUGCAAAAGUUUCUGGGACGCACUGCACAGCCGAGGGGCAACUUACCACCAAGCCUCCAAAGAGGCCGUCCGGCAGCGUAGAUUCCAGCAGUCCUCAAGGCGGAAAAAGGGUGCCAUGUUUCUCAGGCGCAGGCUCCCACUCGCGACUACACAAAAGCGAGAACACCACACAAGCGCCACAAGACAGGACCUCACCGGACCAGACUCUCACCAUCCGGCAUAACGUGACCCGGCUCCUCCCAGCCAAAGCUGCAAAACCAAAGACCAAGUGGCUGUGCACCCCCCAGGGCACUACCAGAGCUGGCACUCGACGCAGAGACACUGUGCCCAGGGGCUCCAAAAGAGACACUCUCAGUGGCAACAACCGGGUCUUCCCAAUACUGGGCAUAGGCUGAAGCACCCACCGUACAACCUCACGAGAGCCUUGCUUUACAUUGCCGGGUGAUGCUCUAAUUGUUUUUACAGCUUUACAAUGCCUUAUAAUAGUUAUGUACGCUCAUAGGGCUGCCACGUUAAUACAGGUCCAAAGAGGUUAAAGCUGACUUUUUCCUUUCUUUAUCACUUAGUCUGGAACACCUCUCGCCACCACGAUAGCUAAAUACCAAGAUGUUAUCAACUGUUGCACACCCCACGAUGCUUAAGCUCCCCUGCCGACAUCAGCAUAUUAAUGUAAAGUUGCUCUUGUCCUAACUAGAUCCCAGUGGUUUACAUCACAAUACCUAGCUAAACCUUGCACAGCAUAAUACUUUCAUGUCUAUAUAACUCAGCGAUGUUGUUUUCAGUUAUGGGACAGAUUUGGCUAUGAACACCUCUACUGUUUACUACUCAAACUAUCCUAAAACAUAACAAUUGUGCCAGAUGUAUCAUGUACCUAACUGUCUAUAUUGCGUUGGAAGAAUGCCUUUGUGGUACCUCACAACCGUCUGUUAUAAGCUUAUGCACUACAAAAAUAAAG